UAAUUGUAAAAUAUGAAUCCUAAUAUGGAGAACCAAGAUGGGAUUAGCAGUGAUGCAAUUGACCAAAUGAGUCUUGAAGAGUUUGAGAAAGAGAUUGUUAAUUCCUUGGUAGGAAUGUACUCGGCACAGACAGCAGAAGAAAGAAAUCAACUCUAUAGGAAUAUUUGAAUGCUAUCGGAAAACAAAGCCAAAUUUAUACAGGGUGUUGUGCAGGCCUUGUAUGGGGACUAUGAGCUAACUCAGAAGCUAAGCGUUGUGCUCUACUUCAAGUCCUAUUUGAACAACAUGAUCAUUAAGAAAAUUCUCUCAGCAGAUGAAAGGAAAGAGGUGUUCAACGAGUUCCUAAAAGUUAUAUUUGAAGCAGACCUUCCUGUUGAAAUUAGAAACAACCUGACUCCAUGCUUAGAAUCUUUGUUGUUCGCAGAUGAAAACGACAGAGAAAACUCCCAACACCUUCUGGAACACCUAUUUGAGACAAUGGAUAGAUAUAUUGGUACUGAUCCAAGUUCUCAAGAAUCAAAAAUUUUAAGGGUGUUUUUCUCCCUGUUCAGAGCUUCUAUCAAUAUUAUCCAAGACAGUACAUUGAUAUCAGAAAGGCUUAGAGGAAGCAUUAAGUUCCUCUGAUCUUCAGCAAGCAAAAUUAUUGAAGAAUUAAAGGAUGCUUUCACCAAUGGAAAUCAGCUUGAAGCUAAGCAGAAUUCAGCAGCAUUGCAAGAGUGGGUGAUGAUAUUUAAGGAAAGUUUGAACAAGACUCAGAAAGCCAUAAACUAUCCUACUCUUCCUGAAGCAGAAAGAAAGUCAGCAGGACUUUCUUAUAUAGACUUUUUGACUAGAGAAGAUUUUAUGAAGGUUUCCUACGAAAUAAUAUUCCUUGCAACACCAGAAGAUAGGUUGUUUUUCACUACAGGAGAUGAAAAGAUAGACAAUUUGUUGUUUAACGCGAAAGAGAAUAUCAUCAAGAUUAUAGGAAAUCUUAUUUCAUACAUCAAACCUCAUUUGCACAUGAAAGCUCUAGAGAACACAGAUUUCUUGAAGUUACUUCAAGUAAUUACUCCUCUGUUCCUCGAGUCACUUAUCGAGCUUGGGUCAGAGGAAGAGAAUGCAAAGUUCCUUUCCAGUGCUCAUAGAUGUCAAUUAAUUAGCUCUGUGUUAAGCUGUUCAUCUCAGCUUGUGUACAUUAAAGAGUUCCACCCAAUAUUUGAAAAGUAUUCCUUAAGGAUAUUCACUGACAUUGGAUUCCCCUUCUUAAGAACACUCGAGGAAGAGAAAAAUGAAGCUAUAGAUAAUCCAUCAGAAUUCGUCAAGCUUGGUCUUGAUACCUGAGAUAGACAGAGACUUGCUCAUAUGAAAUCUCAAGCUGCUAGAUUUAUUGAAACCAUGGGCGAUAAGCUCAGAGGAUACUUCCCACAACUUUGAAACUUAUGAUGAGAUAUGCUAGAUUACUCUGUAUUAAAGGAACAAGGCUUGGACGGUAACUCAAAUGCUGAUGAAUUAGCUCAAAAUUAUCCAACUCUUAAAGAUAAUUUCGAAGAGUCUAGAUUCUUUAAAUAUUGCUCAAAUGAAGAUAUGAUGGAUGUCUCAAUAAUGGUGCUUACGAUGAUAAGUUAUGCUCUCCCAAAGAAUGAGGCCUUGAAGAAGAGAUUCACUGAAGUGUUAGAGAAAACUACCAAGCCAAUUAUGGAUAAGAAGGACUUAAUCCUAAACUGUAGACUAACUUGUCUUCUUGGAUACUACAUUGAUAUUCUCUAUAAGGAUCAGCCUGAUGUAUUUAACUCGGUGAUCAAGAUGUUCAUCACCUCUUUAAACCAGCAGGAAGAAACUUUAGCGUUGACUUACCAGAGUAGUGAUACUCUAAACACGAUCAUUAAUGAUAAUGAUAUUGUUCCAAGGAUGAGACCUAUCAUCAACGAUGUGCUUACCUAUAUUUACGAUGCAGUUCUUGUAGUUAAAAUCCCAGAGUUUUUCGACUUUUUAGAAGAGAUUUUCAAGUUUUACAAAUCCGAGUUGAACACUGAAAGUGUUGUCAAGUGCGUUGAAUGCUUGGUUGCAAGGAUUGAGAAUGAUCUAAUCAACAACAGAGGAGAAUGUGGCGAUGUAAAUCCGUUCAAACAAUUCGCACCAGGCCGUUCGAAUGUAGAUAACAAUGAAAAACAUGAGAAUACCAUUGCCAUCCAAAAAUCCUGGGUGGUAAUCAUGAGAGUACUUGAGACCGAAGAAUAUAUUAACCAAGCUGGAGAUCAACUUUUAGAAAAAUUGAAGUUCAUGUUUGGUAAUUUGGCAGAGCCAAAAAGAAUUGAUUUUGAUGAUGAUAUUGUUAAAUCCAUGAAAAUCUUAAUCAACAGUUCCAAAGCAGUUGCCGAAGAAAUGAAGGUCUUGUUCCCAUAUCUAGAGAAUACAUUUAAGAAAAAUGGGUAUGUCUAUGGUGAACUUUUUGAUCUGAUUAAGGCCUAUAUCAAGAAUGAUAAAGCUUUCAUUUUAUCGAAUGAGCAAUGCCUCCAGACAUUGUUUGGAUUUGGAAUCACCACGCUAUAUCAUGAGCAACAUGUAAUCAAUGGAGUGAUCUACCUUAUGCAGUUGAUCUUACUUCUGAAGGAUGACCAGAAUCAUGCAACUGACGCUUUGAUCCCAGAUACUUUGAAAGAGAUAUUUAAGAGGAUGCAACAACAGCCAAUGAAUUCUGUCAUGAAGAGAGUGAUGUUCCUACCAAUUCUUGCAUGAAUGGUAGGGAACUUCAGUGCGACUUUCACAUAUUUUGAGCAGAAUGAUAUGACCGAGCAGGUGGUAAAUCAGAUCCUAAAGAAUUCCUCGAAGACGUUUGAAUGUCCACUUGAGCGUAAGCUGUACGCAAUGACGAUGACGAGCUUGCUUACCCAGCAAGAGCUUCCUGGAUGAGUUAGGGAAAAGUCUCCUCAGAUUAUCACAAAGAUUGCUCAUUGUUUAAUCAAGACAACUGUAGAGGAGGUCAAAGAAGCUAAAUCAAAAGAGAAGAAGAAACUUGACUAUUUAUCAGACUCUGAUUAUUCAGAUUCUGAAUAUGAAUCCUCUGAAAGUGACCUCUCUGAAAAUGAAGAAGAGAGUAAAAGAAGACAAGAUAGCAUUUUAGCUCUGAUCGAUGAGAAUGAUGAUAAUGAAGGCGGCGAUAAAGAUGAUAGCACCGACAACGAUGAGAAUAAUGGGGAUGUGAUAGAGACAACAAUUGAUGUCCAGAGUAACUUUGCAGUAAUGAAAACCGGAUUUAACUCCUUUGAUGAGUUCAAUUAUUUUAAAUUCGUUUGGAAGCAGCUAUCUCAGAACCAUCCACAGGAAAUGCAAGCUCUUGCUAGCCGUUUGAGCGAGAAGACACAGAAGGCUAUUAGGAACCUCUGUCAGGUUCAGCAUUUUGAGACUAACGGGCGUGUUGUUCACAGAAGAAUUAUCAAGGGAAAGAGGAAGCAAUAA